AUUCCGGUCACUGCUGAGGCGCGCCGCGGCCCACCAUGGUCCUCCCCCACGACGUCUGCUCGCACAUCCAGAACGCCUUCCGUGCGCGCCACGCCAAGGUCGCCGUGAACCACUCCUCCCAGAACCUCGGCAUCCUCACCAUCCUCCUCCGCGCCGGCUUCAUAUCCAACCUGACCCGUGGCACCGUCGACGGACCCGACCCGCUCGCCUUCCACGAAGCCGGCAGCGACGCGCGCCGCCGCAUAUGGGCCGACCUCAAGUACCGCGAGGACCGUCCGGUGCUGCGACACAUGGGCCUCGUGAGCAAGCCGAGCAAGCGCGUCGUGAUGGAGCCCGCGGAGAUCAGGCUGCUGUGCAGCGGGCGGCGCGCGCAGAAGAUCACGCCGUUGGGAAUGGGGGAGAUUGCGAUUGUGCACACGAAUAAUAGGGAGAAUGAGUGGUUGGAGGCGCGGGAGGCGCUGCAGCUGAAACUGGGCGGGGAGGUGGUUGCGAGGGCAGGGUAGUUGGGCCUGCCUUGCGUGUCGGACCCAUGUUACUACUUCUACCUACAUUUCCCGCCAUAAUGCUAGAGCAGCAUCUGGAUCUUGCCUCCUCUCACAAAAUGGCAUGAAUGCAUAAGGGCCUUCUGCAGAUGC